CAUAUCAAACAUGGCGGAGAAUAGUGCGGAUGCUGCGAAGACUGGUGUUUUGACAAUUACUGUCAAAACGCCGAAGGAGAAGCAUAAUGUGGAAGUAAAAGAAGGAGCUUCAGUUCGAGAGCUGAAGGAGGAAGUGCAGAAGAAAUUUAAUGCCCCUUAUGAGCAGUUAUGCAUUAUAUUUGCUGGAAAAAUCAUCAAAGAUGAUGACACUCUUGAACAACAUGGGAUUAAAGAUGGUCUCACAGUUCAUCUUGUUGUCAAGUCUCCAAACAGGACGGCUUCUGCCCCACCUCCAGCAGCACCUGCAGCCUCCACACCUCAAAAUACUGCUCCAGACACAUCCCAAACGCCAUUCGGUCUUGGGGGUAUUGGAGGACUUGGAGGGUUGAGUGGCCUGGGCAUGGGUUCUGCAAACUUCAUGGAAAUGCAGCAGCGGAUGCAGAGAGAGAUGAUGCAAAAUCCUGAUAUGCUGCGUCAGUUGAUGGACAAUCCCUUUGUUCAGUCCAUGAUGUCUAAUCCAGAGGUGAUGAGGACCCUUUUGAUGAACAAUCCACAAAUGAGGGAACUCACAGAGAGAAAUCCCGAGAUUUCACACAUGUUGAACAAUCCUGAGUUGAUGCGUCAGACAAUGGAACUGGCACGGAAUCCAGCCAUGAUGCAGGAAUUGAUGCGUUCUCAAGACAGGGCCAUGAGCAACUUGGAGAGCAUCCCCGGUGGCUUCAAUGCUCUCCAACGUAUGUACAGAGAUAUACAGGAACCAAUGAUGAAUGCUGCUCAGGAGACAAUGGGUUCCAAUCCUUUCGCGUCUCUAGUGAAUAGCAGUAGUGGCACUGGCGAGAAUACUCAACAAGGAAGAGAGAACACAGAGCCCCUUCCGAACCCGUGGGGAAGCUCGACACCGAGCACCACCAGCACCCGGACAUCCACAACAGACACAAGUGGUAGCACAGGCACUGGUCAGACAUCGGGGGCCGCUGGCAUGUCAGGAAUGUUCAAUUCACCGGGCAUGCAAAGCCUCAUGCAACAGAUGAUGCAGAACCCACAGAUGAUGAGCAAUAUGCUGCAAGCCCCCUACAUGCAGUCCAUGAUGCAGUCUCUGUCUGCAAAUCCAGAGCUGGCUCAACAGAUCAUUGGUAACAAUCCCCUGUUUGCAAACAAUCCUCAAAUGCAAGCGAAUAUGACCAGAAUGAUGCCUAAUCUUCUACAACAGAUGCAAAAUCCUGAGGUGCAGAGUAUGGUCACAAAUCCGCGUGCCAUGGAAGCUCUUAUGCAGAUACAGAAUGGCUUGAGUCAACUGCAAUCAGAGUCUCCGACUUUGUUUUCGAGUAUGACGGGGAUGGGUGGAUUGCCGCAAAAUCUUGGUACCAGCAGCCCGUCUACAACUACAGCAUCUAGUACGUCGUCGCCACCGACCACAGCUUCAACAACAAGCCCAACCUCAACCACGCCCUCGUCCAACACAGGAGGGGGCGUCUCUGCCGGGGGUCCCCUCGGCCAGGGCCAGCAGAGCAACCCAGAAGCCUUCUCUACCAUGAUGUCUCAAAUGAUGCAGAUGAUGGUCAACGGUCAGCAGAACCAGGCCCCAGAGCAGCGUUUUGCCUCCCAGCUGGAGCAGCUGUCCACUAUGGGUUUUGUGGACAGGGAUGCAAACAUCCGAGCUUUGACUGCUACUUUUGGAGAUGUCAAUGCUGCCAUUGACCGACUGCUGCAGCAGAGAUGAUGCCCAAGGGCUUGUUGUUCCACAUAAAAUUACAUCUAAGAAAAGAAACAUUUUGGCUUUGUUCUAAUGUUAUUUCCUUUUGUAUUCAGCUGUGGGGUGAUCAUAUUUGUGAGAUAAGAAAUAUUCCAUACUAUUGUCUUAUGUGUUAGGGUAACCAAUAUCUAAAUGUUCGAUGUUUCAUAUAGAAUUUUCUGAGAGAAAAAAAGAUAUCGAGUUUCCACAAGACAAUUGUUUAUUUGUUUCGGUUCAAAGUGAAUUACCCGUGAUGUGAUCUAUUAUUGAAUCUUUAAUUAUCAUACAGCCAUGUUUCUUUGCUACACAUAGUUGUUAAACAUGUUUCUUUUAUUUUCUCUUCUUUCUUUUCCCUGAAAGGGUUUUUUUUCUUACUUGUUUCUUGGAGGUGAAGAAUUUUGUCUUGCUGAUGUGCUCUUCAGCACUUUUAUCCGGUGUUGGAAACUUCAUGAUAGUAAAGAAAAAAGAAGUCUUUUCUUAGUUAAAGCAUUUCAUUUUGUUUUGAUUUUGUUUUCUGAAGCCAUAGGAAUCAAAAUGUAAAAUGAUUUAUGAAUGUUUAGGACUAAGUUCCCUUUUCUUUUGUUUUUGUUUUUUAUUAUUAUUUUGUGGUGAGGUGCUGGUAUGAAUGUGGGUUUGAUUGAAAUUAGGGGGUGGGAGGGAAUGAAAUAAAUGUCUCUUUAGGU